AUGUUGUUAGCCACGGUCCGGCCCACUUGCAGCACAACGGUAGCCUCGUAUGCUUUCCACUGUUUCAAAAUGACCUCGCCUUAUUUCGUUCAGAGUAGCGCGGUCAUAACUCGGAGCGGUAACAAGACCGUGCCCCGUGCGGGUUUAGCCACUAGGAUGGAGAGGAGAGUGCCGAGCGCUGCUGCUUCGAGGACGCACGUGAAACAGGAGGAAGAGUCGAGCAUCUCAAAUCAGAGUUUGGGACGAGACGCCUCAGGUAUGAAUAUGAUGGUUAAAAUCAGUUUUAUUAUCACAAUGUUGCCCUUCUGACAUCUUGCUGCAUCAUUGAGGGGCUUUCAGAUGGGACAAGAUGUAUCAUAAAACAACAACUAAGAGAUAACCUGUAUUUCCUCACCACUCAGCUUUUGUGCUCCCUACGUUACCUUGCAGGUAUUGGCUCCUCAGGGUUCCAUCGCCCAUCCAUCGGCCAAUCAAAAGCUGAGCCAGAUGAAGCCCCGCCCCUGCUACCCCUGGCACCCAUCCAGCGUAGGAGGAGGGGCCAGGUGAAGGUGGAAUACGAUGGGAAGGUGGAGCCUAAACACUGGGAGCCUCCUGAUUGGCGCAAGCAGCUGGGUCACGUGCGUCAGAUGAGGAGCGCCAGGGACGCGCCCGUUGACCUCAUGGGGGCGGAGAAAUGCUACGACGCACACGCCCCUGCUGAGGUGGGUGGGAGACCCCACUGGUCUCUGUCUCUCUGUCGUACACCCCCCACUACCGCUUUCCCCACCCCCCCAGCUAGCCCUCUGUCCUACCACCCUACAUCCAGCCAAUGCUAA